AUGCUAUUUACGCCCUUCAUCAUGACUGACGCCAAAUCGGAAGCUGCACAAGCCGCUGCAGCAGACAGCAGCAGCAGUGCACAGAACCCCUCCACCGGCGCCGCCGACGACGCACAGCCGCAGCAGCCUCCCGCCGCCGCCCAAGAUGCCGCCGAUAAAUCUGCCCAUGCGACCGGAACCUCGACGCCCGCCGUGCGAUUCUCAUCGGCCGUCCAGGAGUUCUCGCCGACCGCAGAAGCGCCAGGCGCGAACGAGUCUCCGGCUGCUGCUCCCGACGCCCCCGCCUCCGAGUCGCAAGAGGUCACCCCCGAGCAGCUCAGGGCCUUUACCAAGUCGCUUCACGGCCCGCUGCUGCAGGAGCGUCGCAUGAACACGUAUCAAUUCGAAGCAUUUUCGCUUCCGCCUUCUCGUGUGCCCUCUCGAGAUGAAGAUUCUCCCGACUCAACGCGCCUUCAUACCCCCAGCUCCUCUGGCUACCAUUCUCCCCAUGGCAGCCCCCGCAUCUCAGCCCUGGCUUCGCCGCCUCUCACGCCCUCGGGCUCGGCGGGCGAGCGACGAGCCAGAGAUAAGCGUCCCGUCGGUGCAACCGGCAGUGACUCAAAUAUAAUCACGCCGCUGCCGUCCUCGUCUCAAGAGGUUCUCUCGCAAGAGCGCAAGCCAUUGGUCCACCGCCCUGUCUCCGAUCAUGUAUCUCUGCGCCGCUCCUCCUCUGUCGAGGAGCGCCUUGGCGAUCCCCGCAGCCACCGCAAGGGCAUGUUCAGCACUGGUGGCGGCUCCGUUCCCGUGUCUCGCGAGUCCAGUCCUUCUCGCACCUCUGCCUCGCACUUUUACUCCAAGCCCGCGACCCCAAUUGGUGAUCUCAACGACCCCUACGCCAAGAACCGCCGUCCCCCUCUGCAGUCUCACCCCAGCCGCACCUCCAUUGACCCGCGAUUUGUCUUUUCUAAGAAGAAGAAGCACGGCUCUCCCGGUGGCUCUCGAUCUAGCUUGGCUGGCUCCGGCGCUUUUGCUGCCACCAAGGAUGACUCUAGCGAUGGAGGCUCGACUCAUGGACAUGGCCAUCACCACUCCCACAGCUCCAUGUCCGAUUUGAAACGCUUCUUCCGUAAAUCGGGACAUCACAAGAAGCGCGAAUCGUCGCCUGCGCCAGCCAAGCCCAAGGCUCAGACACCUCCCAGCAGCUCCCGCAGCUCCCAGCUUGUUCCCUUCGCCGAUGAUCAUGGGCUAUCCUCGAAAUACGGAAAACUGGGCAAGGUGCUUGGAGCUGGCGCUGGCGGCUCUGUCCGUCUCAUGCGCCGCAAGGAGGAUGGUACCGUCUUUGCUGUCAAGGAGUUCCGCGCCCGUCACACCUACGAGUCCGAAAAGGAAUACGCGAAAAAGGUGACGGCCGAGUUUUGCGUUGGUUCUACCCUCCACCACGGCAACAUUAUCGAGACGCUUGAUAUUCUCCAAGAAAAGGGUCGCUGGUUCGAAGUCAUGGAGUACGGACCGUACGACCUGUUUGCUAUUGUCAUGACUGGCAGAAUGUCACGCGAGGAAGUCAGUUGCUGCUUCUUGCAGAUUCUCAACGGCGUGACAUACUUGCACAGCUUGGGUUUGGCCCAUCGCGAUCUGAAGCUCGACAAUGUUGUCGUCAGUGAAAAGGGUAUCAUGAAGAUUAUCGAUUUUGGCAGUGCCCACGUAUUCAAAUAUCCAUUUGAGACGGAAACUGUUUUAGCCAAGGGCAUUGUUGGAUCCGACCCAUAUCUCGCCCCCGAAGUAUACGACCAGAAGGAGUACGACGCGGCUGCGGUGGACAUUUGGUCGCUGGCGAUCAUUUAUUGCUGCAUGAGCCUGCGUCGAUUCCCAUGGAAACUGCCGCGCAUGACGGACAAUUCUUUCAAGCUUUUCGCCUCUGAGCCGACCCCUGGCCACGAUCCCAAGAAGCUUAUUGUUGCCUCGCCGUCUACCUCAUCCGCCAACCUCUCUGCUCUGUCUACUCGUGAGGCCGAGCAGCGCCACAAAAGCCAGCAUGAGAAGAAGCAGGAUGGCUCUACCAACUCGAGUGCGACGACCGGAGACUCGAAAUCGGCCGAACUCAAGCACGAGGACAAGCACAAUGAGAGGCCAGAAAACCACGAAGAAAAGCAGGAGCACAAGCAGGAGACGAAACACGAGACAAAGCCCCAUGAUGGCGAGAAGAAGGAGAUUAUCAGAGGACCUUGGCGCAUUCUGCGUCUUUUGCCCCGAUACAGCCGCCACAUCAUCUACCGCAUGCUUGAACUCGACCCCAAGAAGCGCGCCAAGAUGGAGGAAAUCUUGGAGGACUUUUGGGUCGGCGACACUGUUAUUUGCCAGCAGCUAGAAAAUGGUGAGGUGCUCGCGGCCGACGACCACACGCACGUGCUUGAGCCGCCCAACAACCCCGGCUCCUAG